GGUCUGGCGUGGUGUGGAAUUUGGUUGUACGUUUCUGAAACCAUCCUGCGUUAAAUUCAAAGCCCUCCAAUGAAGUCUCGAUCGUUGUAGAAGAAUAGUGAAUUUUUUUGGAAAAACUUUCUGAAGACUACGAGAAGCCUCCAGGUCCAGAGAUCUCCGAAUAAACCAUUUUGAUAUGCGAGGCUAUUUUUCCAUACCAAAGAGAGACUCGGUAACGUGCGAAGGAUUUUGGUAAUGCGCGCUGGAUUUCUGGAAGAAGCCUCCUGGAAAGCUGGAAAGACGGAUGUAUUGAUCCAUUGAACGAGUGACUCUUAAGCAGCCAAGUCUGAGGAACUGGGCCUCUGAAGGGAGCGUUCGGAAGACGCCACAGUAUGUUGCCUCCGUUGCUGGUGGUGGUGGGCUUCUUUACCUCACACCUCAUUCCAGGUGGCUCCAGUCAAGACUGGGAUGUGAGGGGUGUGUCUCUGCCACCUCCAACACGAGGAGAUGGUGACGCGAAGCCCUACAUCCGAAACACGGCGAACGCCCCCCGCGAGUUCUUCGAAGGGGAUGACAUGCUGUUGACGUGCGUCGUCAGUAACCUGGGUAACCACUCCGUCGCGUGGAUCAACAACGCGAAGAAGUCCCUCUUGGCGGUGGGCGACAGCCCGAUUAUCCCCGACGAGAGGGUUUCCAUCCUGCACGACAAAGCUCCCAGUUACAACUCUAGUAUCAUCCGGCCAGCAGGUGGCGACGUUUGGGUCCUGGUCAUCAAAAACGUCAAGAAGACCGACAGCGGGGAGUAUGUCUGCACCGUCAACUCCAACCCUCCGCUUGAUUCCCGCUACAUGGUCACAGUCAAUCCAAGAGACAACACCACCCAGCUGACGAAAGCCCUUCGUUCCAACCACAACUACACCGACUGCUGUCAGCAGAAUGGCGUUAUUCCAGCGUGCUGGGGCUUCUGUGCCAUCCAUAAUAUUUUGGAAGGCACGACGGGUAUUGAACCGGAGGCCUGCGAGAAGCAUUUCCCCAAUAUCGUUCAGUGUAUGGCCGACUUCCGGAACCACAUUCCGUGCUGCGAGAGGGAGCGAGUUCCCGACAUCUGCCAGGACCUCUGCCGGGGAGACUACACCAUGCAGGAGGAUAACAUCCAGUCCCACUUCUCCUGCACGUCCUACACGGAAGUCACGCUCAUGUGCAUCUCCGAGGGCAUCGAACUGCUUCCAGUGUCCCCCGACUCCCCAACGGUCACCGUCCUGGGGCCCACCUCCAUCCAGGUGGACUGGAGCCACCCCCCUCCCAACAGUCCUCCGGCCGAUUUCUACGUCGUCAACGUCACUACCAUCAAAACGUUCGAUCCCCCCAUGGACGUCAGCCUGAUUGAAGCUGAUGAGGGCGGCGUAGGAAGUCUGGAUAGUGACGAUAAUAAGCAGUUUACUCUCAGAAGGAGAACCAUUAAGGUCCCAUCGACGCAGAAGAGAACGAUCGUCCGAAAUCUCGCGCCCCUGACCUGGGUCGAGGUGUCGGUGACCUCCAUGAACCGGCACGGGUCAUCCCUGCCCCAUUAUAGCGUCCGGGCGCUGACGCAAGCGACGGCUGUUAACAAGACCGACGUCAUUCACCCGACGCUGCCAGACGUUGUCGGGUGUUGUACCGACCGGGGUGUCAAGCAUUACAGAUGUCUGAGGAACCUGUGUGAUCCCAGCCAGAGGUACAUCAGUGAACCUGACAUGAUCGUCUGUGCCCCCUGGGCUACGGAGGCCUUCUCCUGCUUAGCCAACGACUACGACCACUCAGAAUGUUGCCAGGCCAGAGGAAUGCCUCCUCUCUGCGUCGAGCUGUGCACUGGAAAUGUGACAAAGAUAGACUACAAGUAUUUCAGAUGUGUUGAAUACUUCAACGACUAUCGCAGCUGCCUUAUGAAGGGCUACAACGUGCUUCCAGGCAACCCAAAGACGAUAUCCGUGUCAAACAUCCAUCCAACCUUCGCUCUCAUCAGUUGGGUUCGACCAGACCUGCUUGGGGAUUCCGUGACGUCAUACCAUACGCUUUCCAGGCCCUUGACAGAGCCCACCUGUGAUAGUCUCUGGAUCUCCGACGUGACUUACUCCAUAGGAUUCUCAGAGCAGCCUCCGUACGUCUUGGAAAACCUGUGCCCGGGCACGGAGUACGAAGUGUACGUCCAGGCCCUGAACAAGCACGGCACGGGCGACCCGUCCGAGCGUGUGAUCUUCAGGACCCCGACCAUCGUCCACGAACAGCGCCUCGAGAACACGACCUACAACAUCUCCGCCUGCUGUACCCAGGUCAACGUCAGCCCCGGCUGCAUGCCCCUCUGUGACUACCGGGCACGCAUGUCCCACGUGCGCAAAUUAGCCACCACGUGCACCCCGGAGCUAUCCAAGAUGCUGCGAUGCGCCGUCGGAGGGCGGGACCACCGCCCCUGCUGCAAGAGAAGGGGCGUGCCAGCUGCCUGCAUGAGUGUCUGCUCUGGUGCUUUCGUGGCCGAUCGAGCUACCCCUACCGUCUGCAUGCCUUAUAUUGGCAACAUCAUGAUGUGCCUUGAGGAAGGUGUGGGUGUCCUGCCUGGCCCUGUGACCAUCCUCCACGCAACCAAGGUCACCGAUAAUUCCGUCACCUUGGUAUGGCAAGAGCCUCAGGAGGGACCCAACGCCACGAUGUACCAGCUUCACUACCAGUCUGUCGAUAAGCACUCUGCGUCGCACGUCGUUUUCGCCCUCAAUAAUACUCAAAAUCUAACAGACACAGUGGCAGAGGUCAAGGACCUGAAGAAGGGGUCCCUGUACAACUUCUUCGUCGUUGCCAUUAAUGAGGAAGGAAUGUCUCUCCCGUCUUCGGUAAUCACAGUCAACGUCACUUCGGAAUCGGCUAAUGGCACUUCCAUAGCUGGAGUCUCGUCGCCGCCUCACAGCGUCGUGCUGGAAGCGAAGACCGCUACUACACUCACCAUCGGUUGGCAGCCUCCUAUCCUGGCUCUGCCCACUGACAGGUUCAAGUACAAAAUCCACUACCAAGCUGUCACAUCCGACGAGACCCCUGGGAAAUACAACGAACACAUCAUCGGCCCCACGGCUUUGCGCCUGGAGAAUCUGACCCCGAACACCCAGUACGUGAUCUUCGUAACUGCCAUUAACGACAUGGGCGAGAGUCGCCCCUCGGAAACGUUACUCGCUUGGACGGAUCCGGCCUAUCCUGCCUUUGUGGAGAAACCCACAAUCCACCCAAUCAACCUGAUUGUUGAAGGAGGGAACAUGACAGUUCUUUGCAUCGCCAUGGGGUCGCCGCCCCCAACUGUCUCUCUCUACAUUUCUGGUCUGCUGGUCAAUCAGAAUGUUACGAGACAUAUGGUAACCGUCGUGCCUAACGUAACGCGUAACAUGACGGACAUAUCUUGUUACGCCGACAACGGCUACGGAACCCCAAUGCAAGCAUCCAAGACAAUAAGAAUAUCUCGUCGUCCAAUUAUCGCCUCGGACCCCGUGGUGCGGGUCACUCAGGAGGACUCGGUGACCAUCGAGUGCAAAGUGGACGCCUGGCCGGAGCCGUCUUUGGUCUGGUGGAGGGAUCCUGAGGGCAGAGUCCCCGUCAUUCACGGAGGGAAUUACGUCAUCCACCAUCCUGCGGAGAUCGUGUCGGGCAGAGGAAUCUACAGCAUGAAGCUGUCCAUCAAGACAGUCGGGGAGAACGAGACUGGCCUGUACUACUGCUUCGCCAGAAAUGCCUUCGGAACAUUCACACGCGUCACGAAGAUAACAUUGAAAACUCCCAUCAAGCUCGAGAUGGACGUAACGGAAUGUUGCAGAGUGAACAAUGUCUCCGACGCAUGCGCAGAUGCCUGCUCGUUCGACGAACUGAACUUCGAGCGUGUCAUGAACAGAGAGGAGUGCAUUCCUGAGUUCAGCAAACUAAUGAAGUGCGCUGCAGAUGGAUCAGAUCACAGAAGCUGUUGCAGUCAGAAAGGUGUGCCUGUACACUGCCUGGACUGGUGUCGAGGAGAGCCUGUUCCACGCCAGAAUCUGUGUGUGCUCCAAUGGGCUCCGCCGAUAUUCACCUGUUUCAACGAAGGGAAAGGUAUGUUACCUGGACCUCCGCAGAACUUGAGUAUCAUAAGCGAUAGCUCUUCAAGUGCCCAUGUAGCAUGGAAGGCACCUGUGAAGAAUCCUCAAGCUGUUGAGUUGUACAGAGUGUUUUGGCGACCAUUUGGCAACCGCACUGCUAUGAAGAACGAUACUUCAGAGACUUCAAUGACCAUCAAGGGUCUCCAGGAGGGGAUGACCUAUGAGAUAGCAGUGAAGGCUGGUAACUCUCAGGGCACUUCUGUUCUCACGCCUACAGUCAACUUCACUCACAGUUCUAAUUAUGUGACGUCUUCCAAUUUACAAGGAAGCUCUGGUGUAGGAGUAGCAAUUGGUGGAGUUGUCGUAGUGUUGUUGACUACUACAGUGGUCGUGGCAGUGUUCUUUGCUCGUAAGAAACACUUAUUUGGAGGAAAAGGAUCCGCUAAUGGAGGAAUAUCCUUUGAGAAUCCGUCUUAUAUUAGAGAACAAAAUGGAGAUACUGUUCAGAUUGCAGAGACCCCAAAUGGCAGCCUGAAUGGAAACAUAACUACGGGAAUGAACGGCAGAGUGAACGGCAGCAUCUCUGACGGCAUGCAUGGCAUCAUCGGCGGCAGUGACAUAGGAGAGAAUGGAAUCUCGCCCAUGAACAUAAACAAUGGCAUGUGGAACCUACAGACGGCGUCCAACACAACCCCUGGAUUCCAAGACGACCUUCCGAGUAACGGAGGAUACAAACGAUUCAGUAGCUAGUGAUUGGUACGCUGCGGUCAGUGUCUUUUCCCAGUGACAGCAACCUCGUCUGCAGUGGUGUGAUGAUGAGGCUGGACCCUUUCAUAUGUACAUUCUUUUCUGAAAAAAAAAUAUAUAUACGAAUAUAUUGUUUUAUGUGAAUAUAAUUCACGGUGAUAUUUGACUUACUCUUUCAUAGUGGUAUUCUAAUUACUGCAAGGAGUUGGCUAUGAUUGUAAAGAGGGGGAGAAAAUUAUACACAUAAAAAGAAAAAAAUAAGGUAACCUCUAUUGCAUUUGCUGAUCAAAGACGAAUUUAAAAAAUCCCUGUUGUGAAUGACGGGUGAAAUAGAAAAAAAAAGCACUUUCUUAACUGGCUUAUUUCAGCGAGACGCAGACUGUGUCUUCGCUUCUCUCAUUACUGUAUCUCUUGGUCAUAACCAUUUUUGUCAACUCUUGUCACACCCACGUCGACUCUAAAUGACAUUUAAAAAAAAUGGCACUGUAUAGUGUCAGUCUCUGACGAUGUCUUUAGAAUUCUAACAGUGUGGAGCUGUAAGUCACUUUCAGGAGUUAUCUCUGGACACUAAAAGCAGUGUGGUUUUUAUGGCAUUACUAGAAUUAUAUACAGAUACUCUUUGUGGUGGUGUAAAUGAAUAAACAACUGCUAGCAAACGCAAAAAUCAUGAUCCAGUGGCCCUGUAAAGAGGUAAAAAAGCACGUGUACAUUUUAGCAUAAUACAAUACUUGUCAGAAACACUAUUUUGCAUUAUUGUAGAGGAAUAUCUCUAUAACUUCUGAGGGUUUUAUACAAUGUGGGUUUAAAAAGAAACAUGUAAUUUUUUGUUUUGUUUUUGCUUCUUGUCAGUGCCUUUGUGAAGACAUUGACCAAACAGGUGGUCCUCGUAUUUGAUAUCUGAGAAUCCUGUAGAUAAUGCUGUAAUGAUGUUGAAGUGCUACUGUAAUGACAGCAUAAGAACGAAAUUGCAAUGUCCUAAUGCUCCUUAAAAUAGGGGUUUUGGACCGGUUGUUUUAGUAUUAACGGAGUUGUCAGUCCCCAUGGACUAGAUGAGUUUUUGUGAUAGUAGAAGAGAGCUCUUCACAAAGUCUAAAUUUCUCGCACUCCCAACAACACAGUGAGUACCUUUUGUGAGUAUCCGGAGUUGUAAAUCAUUCUUUUUGUUGAGAAGUAACUCUAGACUCAGAUAAAGCGUUUGACCUCAAGGGAAGCUGUCAGUCCUGCCCAGGCAAUAAAUUACUAUUCUCUGAUGGAGACCACCACAUCAACCAUUAGUGGGUACCUUCAGAACUGACAUCUCUAUCUCUUGGCUAAAAGUAACCUGAUUUGGGUAACGAAUAUUCAUGGCAUUGUGCUAUUAUACUUUAAGCUCUUUAGCUGGUGAAGAUCGAAUUUGAACCUCAUAUAUUGAAGAAAAAAAUUAAUUAAUCGUAGCAAAAAAUUGCCGGGGCAUUUAUAAAUUCUCAUUAGGAAAUUUGGAAUCUUACUAUUUCCUUCACUUUAUAGUCAUGGAAACCGAUACACGUUAGCAGCUGAUAGAAACGGGAUUGUAAUUCUCAAAAAGCAGAGUUUUCGUAUAUCAAAUGAGAGCACCACUUUGUAAUCUGCCGGAGAAGACUUGUAAAUUUAUGCCAGUGUACAGGAGUAUAUAAAUAUAAUAAUAGAUUUAUGUACAUUUACAUGAAUUGAGUGUGUCUAUAGUAGGAGAAAUCUUUUAUCAACUGUCUUGUGUGGGAGAGCAGUAGAAAUGAAAUUUCUAUUUCUAUUUUUCUAUAAUGUAUGACUUGUUCAAAAUUUUUUAUAUUUAUUGAUGUACAUAUAUCGGAGAUAAGAGAGAAAGUCCCUUGGUCAAUGAGUCACUGGAAAGUGGGCUUUGUAAACAGAUUUUAGGAGUAAGUUUUUUGCUAUGCAACCGAGCAGCCCAUUUACCUUUUGACAUCUUAUUAUUUCUGUACUCCAGAUCGACAUCGGAAUGUGAUUCCAUUGAGUUUCGUUUUUCAUCGUUUUUAUUCAAAAUUCAGUGAUCUCAAAGUCUUAGGUGCCUUAUAUUAAGGUUCAGUCUUUAUAUCCCGAAACGAAAUCUUGUUCAGCUGAGUAAGAAAGUCUGCUUCUUUGAAAGAACAACGUAUCUUCAUUAAAAAAAAUGUUCAGUGAUUUUACUGAUACCUAAUCUCCAAGUGUUAAGGCUCCAUAUAAUACAUCUGAUAUAGUUUUAACAUGGACGGUUGAACAGGAUUUUUGUUUCGUUGUUUCGACUUUAGAUCUUUUCAGUGUCAAUUUUGCUGUUUUUUUUGUGAAGCGCUGGAACCAUUUCUUGCAGGAGAUGGACAGACAUCAUGUCGUUUAAAAAAAAGCUAAGCGUAACUUGCGGGACGACAAACGUAGGUGGAAUAUAUAUAGAUGAACUGUUGUAGUUUAUUUAAUUAAUGGGUCAUUAACACAAUUCAAUAAAAUCUAUGUUGCUGUUACAUUGUAUAUGCAUAUCAAUUUUGUUACAUGACCGCGGUAGUGUAAACGUGGAUUAGUUCACAAAGAUUACAAGAAACAAGCCGGAAAAAAUCUGUUUUUUGUCCUCAAGUUAAAAGGUAUUGAAUGGAAAUGUUGAAAUCACAAGACAGAUCUAGUUUCUGUUAGUUUUUACUAGAACUUUAUUCUUUUUAAACGUAGAAAUGUAAAGAAACACGGGAGAACAUUGCUAUAUGCUUUAGGAUGAUAAUAAAGUCUUUACAAGUGUUAAGUUGAUUAAGACUUCACAUGUGUUAAAAGUUUAAAAGUUUGUGAAGUUGCAUCCUUACACAUUUGGCUAUGUUAAACCAGGUCUGGUUCCAUAGCAGCGGGUCCUCCUGACAUACUAAUUCCUUACAUAAUAGUCUUUUGUAGUACCGAAGUACCUGUUAGGUAAUAUGAGUGAUAUGUUAUCUAUAGGGUCUCCUGUGACGUAGUUCCUCCAAAUCUGGGAUCACUUUGAAGGUGCUAUAAACUUAUUCCCACCUCUGCCCCUGUAAGAGAUUAAGGCGUAGCUCUAUUGUACAUAGGAAUCAACCAAUAUCUCUUCACUCACAAAGUAAAAGUAACACCCAGUUGUCAGUUGCUGCUUUGUUAAAACUGCUAUCACAUUUCGAUGACUGCAGCAGCCAUGUUUGUAUCAAGAAACUAAUGUAUCGUCUAAAAACCAUUUAAAUUUGGUAACAUAUCAAGUUUUUAUUUUUUUUUUUGCUGUUAACUUGCAAACUUAUCAAUGAGAAGAAAAUCUUGAUGCAUUAGAAUCAGCGAUGGAUUAUUUUUGAAAUAUGAAUUUGUAGUGUUCAUUUAGUCAGUUCCACCGUUUUAUUGAGCCUCUGAUGUCUUGUCCAUCGUAGUGGAAAUGCAAACGAAAGCUUCCGAAAAAAACAGCAAAACAAAGAACUAGGAAUGAGCUUUCUUUCAACGGAAAGCUCAAUCAGUACCUAUUUUAUAGGUCGAAAACACAUAGGGCUGCAUAUCUUUAUAACAAGAUGUGACACUUAGUGACAGAUGAGGGCUAUUUUUACUGGAUUCAACUGAUGGUCUGUAAAAUUUCGAAUGACUUUCUGCUGUUUGCUUACUUUCAACGUUGUAUAUUUUAUAAACAGCUCAGAAAUAUAUGUAAAAGUAUGCUGUGUAGCCAUACCACCAACACUAUUAAAAGAAAACUAAGAAAACACGAAA